UAACCAGGUUUAGAAACGACGGCUUCCGAGAGCAUCCGGUCACCGUUGUCCUUUGUGCCUGGUUAAAUCCAGAGAAAAGCAAUCAGGCAUUUGUGUAUCACAAAAGUUAGUGAGUUAUUUUAAUCCUUUUAAGCUGCAAAAGGGAAAAAGGCUGGCGUUAUGUCUCGAUUUAUAUUUUCCUCCAAGAGACCGGCCCCAGGAAUUCUGCCACUUGUAAAACGCGCCGCAGAAAACACUCCCGACUUGUAAUAACUUAACCCCUUCCGCUCCGUGGCUUAGAACGACUUUUAAGGGCGUCCUCUCCGCGCCCCUGUCCCCUCUCUCCAGUUUACUCCAGUAGCCUGCUUCCGUCUCUCCCAGCCACUCUCCAGUUCUGCCGUGCCGUUGGAGUCUCUGGGAGCUCACUGGACAGAUCUUCCCGGCGGAUCCUGGGCCCAACCACCGAAACCCACGCGGUCCUCCUUAAAGAGCUUCCGCAGCCGCGGUUGGAGGCGGGUGUUUUGUUCUUAUAAGGAGGAAAAAGUUUUUGUGACAUCCAGGAAAUGAGUAACUGAAGUCCUGUAGAGCCAGCCGACGGAGGCCAGAAGGCGGGAGCCAGCCGGGGCAUCUUCCCCCGCGCCCCUCUAAGUGCCUGGCCGCAUGCUCCGCCGCAGCCGCCUGCAAGCAGCGGCGCCCCGGCCCCCGACCCGCGCGCAAAGCCUGUGCUGGAGCGGUUCUCCCGCGGGGGGGACCAGGGACCGGAGACCCAGGCCAGUCGUAAGUCCCGGGCCAGCCUACUGUGCUGAAGGAAGAAGGGCGCGAUGGAGACCGCGAGCUGGGAGGAGCUGUGCCGGGGAUGGCUGCCGCGAGCGGGGGCGCCUGCUCGGCCCUCGGGUGGGGGCUGACUUUGGAGACCCUCUUACAGCGCGCCUGCCCAGGCGGGCGCAUUGUCUCCUGGCGGUCACGCGUCCUGCUCCGGCCGCACGGGGGUGCGUCCAGGGCGCUCGCUGCAGCUAGGGCUGCGGGCGGCUUUUCCUUGCGCGGGGAGCCUCGGGGCCCAGAGCGGGACCACGUUUUUGUUCCUAGCGCCCGGGCAAUCCGUUACUUCUCACAUCAGAGCAGAGCGCUACCGCAGAAAGAAAAGCCGGUUCCCCUGCUCAUAUUUGCCGCCCCCUUUUCCCUGUCCUCUUCCCUCCUUUCCUGUAAGAAAGGAACAGGAGUGAGGUUGUUUUUUUCUCGGUUCAGGGUAGUGAAGUUAUGGGGCUGCUUCAGGCCGGAUAAAGUCCCCGCCGCUUCCUCUUUCGGGUCUGUUAGUAGACCAGACCCCAUACUCUGCAGACUUUCUCAUGGGACUGCAAAUAACUCUCUGCCACUUCACCCCUAACCCCACCCUCAACCCCCUCCCUGUGACUUUGCCAUUCUGGCUGCCAGGUGAAGACUCAAGGAGUUCCAGGGCCGGACUCCCCAUCCAAAACGCUCUUUCUCUUAAAAAAAAAAAUGACGCGGACUAGUAAGGAAAGCUCAGACCAUGGCCAUGGGGCUCUUCCGCGUGUGUCUGGUGGUGGUGACGGCCAUCAUCAACCACCCGCUGCUGUUCCCGCGGGAGAACGCCACAGUGCCCGAGAAUGAGGAGGAGAUCAUCCGCAAGAUGCAGGCACACCAGGAGAAGCUGCAGCUGGAGCAGCUGCGCCUGGAGGAGGAAGUGGCGCGGCUGGCAGCUGAGAAGGAGGUGCUGAAACAUGUGGCAGAGGAGGGCAGGCAGCAGAAUGAGACACGCGCGGCCUGGGACCUCUGGAGCACCCUCUGCAUGAUCCUCUUCCUGAUGAUCGAGGUGUGGCGGCAGGACCACCAGGAGGGGCCCUCCCCUGAGUGCCUGGGCGGUGAGGAGGAUGAGCUGCCUGGGCUGGGGGGCGCCCCCUUGCAGGGCCUCACCCUGCCCAACAAGGCCACGCUUGGCCACUUUUAUGAGCACUGCAUCCGGGGGGCCACAGCCGACGCUGCCCGUACCCGGGAGUUCCUGGAAGGCUUCGUGGAUGACUUGCUGGAAGCCCUGAGGAGCCUCUGCAAUCGUGACACCGACAUGGAGGUGGAGGACUUCAUUGGCGUGGACAGCAUGUACGAGAACUGGCAGGUGGACAGGCCGCUUCUGUGCCACCUUUUUGUGCCCUUCACACCCCCCGAGCCCUACCGCUUCCACCCAGAGCUCUGGUGCUCCAGCCGUUCAGUGCCCCUGGAUCGCCAGGGCUACGGCCAGAUCAAGGUGGUCCGUGCCGACGGGGACACCCUGAGCUGCAUCUGCGGCAAGACCAAGCUCGGGGAAGAUAUGCUGUGUCUCCUGCACGGCAGGAACAGCACGGUGCCCCCCUGCGGCGACAUGGAGAACCUGCUGUGUGCCACGGAUUCCAUGUACCUGGACACGAUGCAGGUCAUGAAGUGGUUCCAGACGGCCCUCACCAGAGCCUGGCACGGCAUUGCCCACAAGUACGAGUUUGACCUGGCCUUUGGCCAGCUGGACAGCCCGGGCUCCCUGAAGAUCAGGUUCCGCUCAGGGAAGUUCAUGCCCUUCAACCUGAUUCCUGUGAUCCAGUGUGAUGACUCGGACCUGUACUUCAUCUCCGACCUUCCCAGGGAGCCAUCCGAGGGCACCCUGGCCUCCAGCACAGACUGGCUCCUGUCCUUUGCUGUCUACGAGCGCCGCUUCCUCAAGACAACACUGAAGGCGCUGCCCGAAGGCGCCUGCCACCUCAGCUGCCUGCAGAUCGCCUCCUUCCUGCUCUCCAAGCAGAGCCGCCUGACCGGCCCCAGCGGGCUCAGCAGCUACCACCUGAAGACCGCCCUGCUGCACCUCCUGCUCCGCCGGCGGGCGGCCGACUGGAAGGCGGGGCAGCUGGACGCUCGACUGCAUGAGUUGCUCUGCUUCCUGGAGAAGAGCUUGCUGGAGAAGAAGCUCCACCACUUUUUCAUCGGCAACCGCAAGGUGCCCGACGCUAUGGGCCUCCCGCAGGCAGUGCUCAAGGCGGAGCCCCUCAACCUCUUCCGACCCUUUGUCCUGCAGCGAAGUCUCUACCGUAAGACACUGGACUCCUUCUAUGAGAUGCUCAAGAAUGCCCCUGCACUCAUUAGUGAGUAUUCCCUACAUGUCCCCUUGGACCAUGCCAGCCUGCCCCAAAAAGCCAACGUCCUGUAGAGCAUGUGGGACUCUGUAAGCUAGGAUGAGGGCAUUCCUCACAGUCACACUCCUGGUGACAUCUGCCAGCGCUGUCCUGGGGACAAGGCGGGCUUUCGUGGGAGCCGUGCUCAGCCUGCCAGGAAGCCAGGCCCUACAGUGCAGAGGAAACAGAAUUUCAACAGGAAGCUGGUACCAUUGGGAUCUGUUGGUAAAGCUGUCAUUUGGGUUUAGGGACUGAUCCCCUGCAGUUUACUUCUGGAUCAUCAUGAAUGGCCAAGAUGGCCGCAGAACAUGCAGUGGACCCUGAGUUGGAAACAGUGCAGAUGUUGGAUUUGGUGUUAAUUCUUUUUGCAUCCCAGAUCCAGUCUGUACUUGAGUAUCAGCAGAGGAUCCAUGAGAAGGCUGACGGGGAACUGUGUUAAGACCCAGCACCGGUAUUCCCAGCCCUUGGCCUGACCGUCUGCAGCCAGAGCACUAACAGGGACAGAUGUGGGAAUGUCCAUCUUUACUACACAACCUGCAUGACAGCGGUCCCACCAUGGCUGCCACUUUUUUAUAUUAUUUGGAGAAAAGACCUUGUGUAGAUUCGGGUCCCGAGUGACUAACAUCUCUGUCACAUGGAAAUGGGUACUUGGUGGCAUAGAGAAACACGGCCACUUUUUCAGCUACACUGCUCUCUCAGGUGCACCCCCUUCUGCUGUCCCUUCCCCAACAUACUGGGUCCUGAGCGUGGUGGGUGUCAUUUGCCAUGCUGGGUGUCAGCUCAGCGGCCCCACAUCUCUCUUGAUUCUCUCCAAAGGGGAAGACAGAUGCUGAAGGUGGAAGCUCACCUGGAGAAGGAGACACACAGGGUGACUGGGGCAAAGGACAGCUGGAAAAGCAGCUCUGUCACUUCUUUAUUGGCAUCUGCAAGGCUCCUGAGGUCAUGGCAUUCCCAGAGGGUGUGUGCAGGGUCAAACCUCUCUAUGUCUUCUGGCCCUGCGUCCUGCAGUGAAGUCUCUACUGUAAGACAGUGGACUCCUUCUGUGAGGUGCUCAAGAAUGCUACUCGUGUGGUGGGUUCUGGCUUGCAGCCUGGCCCAGUUCACAGAAAGUUGCAGAGAUCAGGAGCCAGGAUGUCAUAACCCUGGGUUGUCCUCAGGGUCCCAAUCCUAGGGCAGGGUGUGUGGAAGCAAGAGCUACUGUGGAAACCCAGCUCCGGUCUGCAGCCUCUGAGCCCCUAGUUCCUCACUCCAGCGGGGCUCCCUCACUGCAAAGAACCCACCCCUCCUGUGUGGGCAUGCCUGACCACACAGAGGACCCAGACCCAAAGAGCCGGGCAGAGUCUCUGUGGUUGGAGCUGGGCUUCAUCUCCAGGUCUGUGGUUCAGGCGGAUCAGGAAGCCUCUUCUCCACCUGUGGCUUCACUGGCCCUUUGAGAUUUCCUAUUUCACCAUCACUUCAGUUACCCUUGCAGAGGGCCAGGGAGUUGAGAAUGUACCUGUGCUCUCCCUCCAGGGUUUAAGCCGGCCAUGCCUUCCAGAGAGCAUAACCAACUUGACAUGGUUUCCCCAUAAACUGAAGGAAGACGAUCCUUCCCCACUCCCCAGAAGUGCUCUCAACCAACCUCAGAAAGCUCGAGAAGAGGGACCCUUUGCCCACUAGGGUGAAUUCCUGGUGGAGCAGCUCAGCUGUGAUCAGGGAAAACCAAACCUAUAGGAAGCCUUCCAGUGUGAGCUGGAGUUAGACUGAACACGCACUUGGGCCUGCCUCUCCCUAGACCCAGCUGCGGGGCACACCAGGAAAGGAACCAGCUCAAGUGUGUCCCUAACAGCAGCCCAGACUACCCCCAACCCCUCACAACCCGACCUUCCUCAUUCCAUCAGAUGUAUCUGCAGAAUCGGGGCAAAUUUCCUUAUUUAUUUAUGGCCCAUGCCUUUCCCCCUCUUCAUCCUGAUCCCGUUUUGCUUUGAAGAGACCCCAAUAACCGGAAAACGGCCUCCAGAAGCCAAAACCAUGCCUGGAUCUCCCACAGCUUCUCCUUUGCUUCCAGGAGAAAGUUCACAGAAAAAAUACCUUCUGGCUUCUUGUUUAUACGGAGACAACAGACCUCGGUGGGGAAACGGGAAUCUUUUCUGUACCAAAGCUGCUACUAAAGCAGAAAGCAGUGGGACUCUUGGUAUUUCAUGCUGCCUUAUUUAUAUUAAAGGAAGAAUUAAAUCUUGCAAGGAGU